ACCAUGGCCUUGUAGAAAAAUAAUAAAAUAUUUAAUUUACAAUAUGGUCCCUAAUUAAGAUCUAUUUAAACACAACACUACACAAGUUUAUUCCACACACACACACACUACUCUUUUUCCACAUAUCACUAGAUAAUAUUUCAUCAUGGCAAUAAGCCAUCAUGAGCCUCUAAUCAAAUCCCCCAAAACUAAUACUUCCCACACAAAAACUCUUCUCCUAGUUCUCAUCUCCUUUGUUGCUAUUAUAAGCACAACUUUCUUUGCUUUCAAUUCCAUCAAAACGACCUCGUUUACUCCUUAUUCACUAGCAUCACACGUCUGUGAUAAAUCCAUAGAAAAAGAAUCAUGUUUAUCUAUGGUCUUAUCAACAGCCGCAAGAUCAUCCCAAAUAUCAUCAUCACACAACAAAAUUCACCACCUUUUAAAUACCUUCCUACAAAAAACCACACCUCAAAUAACCGAAGCUCUUAACAUAGCCAACGUUGUCAGCCGUCAGAUCAACACGAUGAGUCCAACUGAUCGUGCGGCUCUAAAUGACUGCGUUGACUUACUUGACAUUUCAAGAGAAAGAGUUACUGACUCAAUUACGAGUUUGUACUCUCAUUCCUACGAUGACGCCCAUGCAUGGCUCAGUGCCGUUCUCACCAACCAUGCCACGUGUUUAGAUGGGCUCGAAGAAGGCUCAGAUAUCAGAACCAUAAUGGAGCCAAAGCUGAAAGAGUUAAUAUCAAGGGCAAGAACGUCAUUAUCUCUAAUAGUGUCAGUUAAGCCGGUGGAAGAGUUGUUAGAAGAGCCAUUAAACGGGGAUGAAUUUCCCACGUGGGUUAAAGCGGGUGACCGAAGGCUUUUGGAGAGUUCGGGUAACGCUAUCAAAGCCAAUAUUGUUGUGGCCAAGGAUGGUAGUGGAAAGUUUAAGACGAUUAAUGAAGCUGUGGCUGCUGUACCUGAUAAAAGCACGAGCAGAUUUGUUAUUUAUGUGAAAAAGGGUGUUUAUAAGGAGAAAGUUGAGAUUGGAAAGAACAAGAAAAAUGUUAUGCUUGUUGGUGAUGGUAUGGAUGCCACUAUCAUCACUGGUAGUCUUAAUGUUGUUGAUGGUUCCACCACUUUCAACUCAGCAACAGUAGUUGCUGUUGGUGAUGGAUUUAUAGCCCAAGACAUAGGUUUCCAAAACACAGCUGGCCCAGAAAAGCACCAAGCGGUAGCACUUCGGGUCGGGGCAGAUCAAACCGUCAUAAACCGGUGUCGUAUUGAUGCUUAUCAAGACACUCUUUACGCUCACACAAAUAGGCAAUUCUAUAGAGAUUCUUCCAUUACAGGCACAGUGGACUUCAUAUUUGGAAAUGCAGCUGUGGUUUUGCAGAACUGUAAAUUGAUUGUCCGAAAGCCCAUGAAAGGUCAGAAAAAUAUGGUCACGGCCCAAGGUAGAGAAGACCCAAACCAGAACACAGGUACCUCAAUUCAGAAAUGUGACAUCAUUGCCAGUUCUGAUUUGGAGCCCGUUAAGGCCCAAUUCCCCUCCUAUUUGGGCCGUCCAUGGAAGAUGUACUCUAGAACUGUUGUUAUGCAGUCUAACAUUGGUGAUGUCAUUGUUCCAGCUGGAUGGUUCGAGUGGGCCGGGGAUUUCGCUUUGAAAACGUUGUAUUAUGGAGAGUAUUUGAACACAGGCCCAGGAGCUGGAACCAGCAAGAGAGUUAAAUGGGCCGGUUAUCGUGUGAUGAGUGCAGCAGAAGCCCAAAAGUUCACAGUAGCCCAAUUGAUUCAAGGUGGAGUUUGGUUGAAAUCCACUGGUGUGACUUUCACUGAGGGACUAUAAUUAAGUUAUUUUGGAUAUGGCUUAGGCUUUAUUUAUUCUAGAAUUAGUUGGUUUUCGUACUAUUAGCAACGAUGGUGAGUUGUAUGUAUAUCAUUGUUGUCAUUUAAAUAAGUACAAUGCCGAGGCCUUAAUUUUCUAAA